AUGACUACCGUUUCUCCCAGCAGACCUGGGGAAGCUAACCUGACAGACAAAGGAAUUGCCUCAGGGAGCAACUCAGAAAGAGGUUUAGCGUCAGAUCUCAACAAGAGUAAGAGGAGUUCAACAUGGGGUGCCUUAUUGGGAACUGCAGCAGCUGUGGCUUUUGUUGCACUUAUCAUCUACGUCAUUCUGAAAAAGAGAAACCGGAGAGAUUUCUCCCACAGGAAGCUGGUUGAGGAGUUCUCCCCAGACCCAGUUCUCAGACUUGACAACAGCGAGCCUCUGGACUUGAAUUAUGGCGGUGCAGCCUAUCACAACCCAGGACUUCAAAUGGACGACAUUCAAAUGACCCGCUUCCCAGGGAGACAGAAGAACUGACGGAGCGCCACAGAACAAACCCGCGCACUUCCUUCACAUAGAUUCUGCCACUUCAAUAAGUGUGACUUGGUAGACGACCUUAGAUUCUUGAAGUUAUAGAAAAUAACUGUCACACGCAACAGAAAUAAGACUGUCAAAAUGACAUUUGUGGAUAGUAUAUUACAAUGGCAUUUGAGCUGAUCUUUAGUC